UCUCUCCAUUAACUUAUAGUUUAUACAAAUCACAUUAACAAACUCAUCCAGAGGAUAUGGAAGCAAAGAAAAUCCCAGAAACGAUUCUAAACUCAGGGCAAAAGAUGCCAUUGAUUGGCAUGGGAACUGCAGCGGUUCCUCUUCCUCCCUUUGAAACUCUCAUACCAAUCUUCAUUGAUGCCAUUGAGGCUGGCUACAGGCACUUUGACACCGCUACAUUGUAUGGCUCCGAGGAGCCUCUAGGCCAAGCUGUGGCGAGAGCGCUACAACUUGGCCUUAUAAAGAGCCGCAAAGAAUUAUUUAUCACAUCAAAACUAUGGUGCACAAAAGCUCACCAUGACCUUGUUCUUCCAGCUCUCAAAACUACACUGCAGAAGCUUGGGCUGGAGUAUGUAGAUCUGUAUUUGAUUCAUUGGCCAGUAAGGUUGAAACCAGAAGCUGAAGAUGCUGCUGAGUUUAGAAAGGAUUAUGUGAUUCCCUUUGAUAUAAAAGGAACAUGGGAAGCCAUGGAAGAGUGUCAAAGGAUGGGCUUAGCCAAGUCUAUUGGUGUCAGCAACUUUGGCAUCAAAAAGAUCACCAGCCUCUUGGAAAAUGCCACUAUACCUCCUGCCGUUAAUCAGGUGGAAAUGUACCUGGCAUGGCAGCAGGCGAAACUGAGAGAGUUUUGCAAGCAAAAAGGGAUCCAUGUUAGUGCAUGGUCGCCAUUAGGAGCUUACAAAACUACGUGGGGUUCAAAUGCAGUCAUGGAGGGCCCAAUACUUAAGGAAAUAGACAGCGCAAGACACAAAACCGUGUCUCAGGUAGCACUGAGAUGGAUAUAUGAAAAAGGGGCAAGUGCCAUUAUAAAGAGCUUCAACAAGGAGAGGAUGAAACAAAACCUUGACAUGUUUGACUGAGAGCUAAGCCAGGAGGAAACAAUGAAAUUCACCCAAAUUCCACAGCGCAGAGUAUGUACUGCGGAAGAUUAUGUGUCAGAAGAUGGGCCUUACAAGUCCUUGGAAGAGCUCUGGGAUGGUGACCCUUGAAAUAGUUCUCGAAUUGUGUUGAAUGUUGGGUGAUGUGUGAGACUCAAAUCAAAUGAGUUUAAGUUUGAUAGUAGAAAUUAAAAAAUAAUGUUUGUACUUGUUGGAUUUUUGAGGUCCGUUUUUACGUGGAAAAAAAAGUUAUCUAUGGAUAGUUAAAGUUGCUGAAUAUGUGCUAGAGUUGUAAAAAGAGGUCUUAUUUGGUCAAAAAUACAAGCAUUGAGAGAGAAAGAGAAGAGAGAACACUAUCCACGU